CUCGACCAGUCACUACUCCCUCCUCUUUGUUUGUCCACCCUUUCAUUUGCCCCUACGAACGCGUCAUUCCUUCAAGCCUGCCCUUCGCAUAUAGCCUCACCUUCACUCGGCCUUGCAUUACCUUCUAAUCACUCAACUCACGUAUCGGACACUUUAACUAUGUCGUCCUUCUCCACCAACGAUCUCCGCAGCAGUGCCAAACCCUACCAGCGAGACAAGACCCAUAACACCAAGUGGUCAAGAGGUGCCAAAGGCAACUCAACUCAGCCAUGCAUUCAGCAUGAUUCCCCAAUGGCAAACUGCACCAAGUGCCUCGGCCGGCCCAAGGGACAAGACAUUGCAAAAGGCGAGGCAAGAUACAAGCAGAACCAUAAGACCAGACUCAGUGGCCAAGCUGCCACACUGGCUCGCAAGGUCUUCAGAAAUGAGGUGGUAGACGCCAUCGAUGGCCCUCUUGCCAAUGUUUCAGACAACUCGGAGGAGGAUGAGGUUGCUGAUACCUCUGCUGCUCCAUUGCCUGUGGAAGCCGACUACUUGUACAGCUACGAUGCACACACUGGUCCCCGUGCUGGCACGGAUGUCUUGAGUUAUGCCAUCACUCAGGCUGUCCGCCGAUUCGAGAAUACUGAGACGGAGAAGUUGGUCAAGAAGGAAUACGAUGUUGUCGACGGCAAGGACAUGGCCGAUCUGUCUACUGACGAGGACGACUUUGACUUCGAAAUGAUCGACCACAGUCACUUGAACUGAAAAUAAGUUCGGAGAUCGAUCUGGGCCUGGCGUUAAUGGUUCUCUUUCACACCUUUUAAUUACCU